AUGAACCCCUCUUCCUCCACCGCUGCGGUGAAUGAUCCGCUGCUAGCAACCAGCCAUCCUUUAACCUUCGAAAUUGACGAUGAUGUUGAAAUGGAGUACGAAGAUGCAGAAGAGGUCGGAAAAGAGGUCGAAAUCGAAGAAGAAAAAGAUGACGACUUUGGAGAAGAUUUAACUCCAAUUCGGGAAGAAAAUAAUCUAAACGAUCCUAGCAGAGUUACGGGUCCAGAAGAGCACUUGAAAUCCGGUUUAGUGACUUCACGAAAACAUGUUACACAUCCACUACCAGAUAUCCCCACUGUCCUGGGCAAUACUGGCAAACUAAAAGUUUUUGAGUCAAGUGAAGACGGACUAAAGGCAGAGUCAUGUGGAGAUGGUAAAAGAACUCUGAAAGACUGUGAUGAAAAGCCUUUUUGUGACAGUCGGGGAAGAAUGAAUGCUUUGAACAGUAAAGAUUAUGCGGCAGCAAACACAAUGCAAAUGUCACAAAGGCUGAACGUUUCCCAGACAAGGCCAAGAGAUUUCUCAUCAAACAUUGAGUUGACAGGUGGGAUUAAAAGACAGAGGAUUGCAUGUGAAUUUCAUGCCAAGGGAUGGUGCAUCAAAGGGAAUACUUGUAGAUUCCUUCAUAUAAAGGAGGGAGCUGUGGAUGCAUCAACUGGGCAUUUAACCAGGACGUCUUUUGAUGAUUGGGAGCCAUCUGUUCCUUUUCGUCCAUCACACUUUAUCACUCAAAAAUUACUGUCUCAAGCAAAUCUGCAUGACCCCGUUCGUGAUAGCAUUGAGCCAACAAAAGUUAGAGAUGGGGUCUCAAAAAUUUCUGGUGGUGACGUUCUACAUUCGACCGGAGACAUUGAUCCAAAGGCGAUCGUAUUGAGUUCGAGUCGUGAUUCAGGAAAACAAGGUGAAUCAAUUCGCAUGACGGAGCCAGACUUGGGUAAAGUCAGUCAAAAGAAUGAGCACAGUGGAUAUCUGCAGAAGGAAUCAAAAGAAAUGAAACAUUUUAGAGCUGUUCUCGUGGAACAUGUUAAGGAUUUGGUAAAACCAACUUGGCUUGAGGGCCUUUUGAGCAAGGACGCUCACAAAUUGAUAGUUAAGAAGGCGGUUGACAAAAUUCUUAGCUCAUUUCAACCACCGCACCAAAUUCCUAGCACGGGUGAAUCAAUUAAGUCCUAUCUUUAUGUGUCUCAGCCCAAAAUAGAAAAGCUAGUUGAGGGAUACAUUGAGAAGUAUGGAAAAUCUUGA